AUGCCCAAGUCCAAGCCCGACCUCCGCCUUGAUGAUAUCUGGGACGACGACGAGAUCGACGUGGGCACCGUCCGCACAAGCUUCUCCCUUACGAACGUCGCGUCCGCGCUUGUGCCGGACGCCACGCCGGUGAAGGGCGCAAGGCAACAACAUUCGAAGCGAGCGAGCUUGGGGUGGGGGUCCCCGUCAUCGCCGAGUUUGUUGUUGGGGGCACGGAAGUCGUCCCUGUCGCGAUCGCAGACGCUGCCGAGGACGGCGUCGGUGCGGUCCCGGCGACCGUCGAUCUUGGACUCGCUUUCUGUGGAUACAACGGUCGCGGACAAGAUACGCAGGUGGAUACUUGGCAUUGCUGUCGUCAACUUCGACAUCGACCACGGCCCCGUCGUCGAUGGCAUCUACCCGCCGCUCUUCCUCUACCCGGACGAAAUCGAAAACAUCGCGUUCUCCUCCUUCCCGGACUCGGCGCAAUUCGAGCAGGGCGCGCAAGCGCACUCCUUCCGCAUACGCGAGGACGAGGCGAUAGGCAACGAGAAGCGGCCGCCCACCAUCGAUGGGUUCAUCUACGGCUUCGCGCACUUCAGUCAACGAAAGGAUGCGAGCAUAAAGCGAGGGUAUCAGCAGCGAUCCGUCGUCAUCCUCACCCACCACCAAUACCCUGCCCUCUUCGCCGCCGUUAUGUCUCUAUUAGGACCCCUCUACGAAGAGCAUGGCGUCCCCAUGCUCGAGAGCGCGUGCCACAACAUUGCAACAUGGCCUCCACCAACACCGGGCUCGACUGUCGAGCUUGGCUUCCUCGGGAACGUCGUCACUGCCCAAAUACCUCGCACCAUCGACGAGCAGCAGGCCCUCGAUCCCUCCGUCGCGGAACGGCUUGUGAACGCGUCGUUGCAGACUAUGAUACCCGCGACGGCCGCGUCGUUAUUGCCGCCUGCGAUAUUGCUGUUCGAAGCGUCGUUGCCGCAUAUUUGGUCGAUAUGGGAGUGCCUUGUGCUCAACGAGCCAAUACUGCUGUUCGGCGCGUCACCUGCGGAGACGAGCCAGGCAGUAUGGUGGCUAAGGGACUUGAUGAGGCCGAUACCAUUAGCUGGGGACAUACGACCAUACUUUACGAUACACGACCGCGACCACCUUGCCCUGGUGAACAAGCUUCCUCCGAAAUCGGGCCUACUUCUCGGUGUCACGAACCCAUUCUUCGAACGUUCGUGCGCGCACUGGCCCCAUAUACUCAGUUUAGGGAAGCGAGUCUCUGAGCGUAACUCCAUAGCAUUGCACCCGUCAAGAGGUGGCUCUGCGGGAAUAGCACAAGCCACAGCUGGACCUCGACCGGGUUGGAAGACGAAGACGCAUAAGCGCUACGUCUCUAAAGACCGGUCGUUAUUGAAGCAGCUCGAGACUGCCUGUGAGAAGGGAGGGGAGGUCAACUUACUCCAAGCCUCCUUGCUACUCCGCCGCCACUUCUGCACGCGCACGACCGAGUUGCUGCUCCCCCUCUCCCGAUACCUCAACACCCUCAUCCCUACACCUGCCGAGGUUGCCAGCGCGCAGUCGGGGUGGAGCACACCUUCGAGCGGGCAUGCAUCCUCGGCGUCGUCUACAUCGUCAAAUCCGCACCCAUCAUACACGCCCAUACCCUCCGACCCCGUGCUUACCUCGCAAACCUUCCGACCCCCAAGCGUAGAUAAUCAUGCAAGGAGCCCGAGUCACAACCCACCCCCGCCCCUCCGCCUAAAGCCCUUCAACACCACGCAUUUCUUCGCCUCGCUGAAAGCCCACGGGACGACGCUGCCGUUCCGGUCGAGCGGGAAGCGGGUGGAGUUCUACGAGAGGUGGCUGAAGACGCCGGCGUUUGGUCUGUGGCUAGCGCAGCAGGAGGAGGUGGUGAUCGAUGUGUUGAGUCAGGCGGGGAGGUAG